AUGGCCUCCACCAUCGAACAAGCACCGGCCACGGCCACGGCCACGCCCACAUCCUUCACCGAGGGUGUCGGUCACGCAGAUGAGAAGAAAGUCGGGUUCGAGGUGCAGGCCCCAAGCGAAAGCUCGGCAACGAGGCCUCUGGUACGGCAGAAAUGGUAUCAAUGGUUCUCGCCGACCGACACGCCCGAGGAACGCCGACUCCUCCUCAAGCUCGACGGCAUGAUCAUGGUCUUUGUCUUCCUGGCAUACUGGGCCAAGGUGUUGGAUUCGUCCGCCACCAGCACGGCGUAUGUAAGUGGGAUGAAGGAGGAUUUGCACCUCUACGGCAAUCAACUGAACUACAUGAACACGGUGUAUAUGGUUGGCUUUAUCGUGAUGCAAAUCCCGCUGACGUUGUUGAUGACCCGGUUCCCGGUCAACUACUUCCUCCCGGCCGCCGACUGCCUCUGGGGAGUCUUCACGCUCGCUCAGUACAAGGUCAGCAACAUCCACCAGCUGUACGCGCUGCGCUUCUUUGUCGGCGCCCUCGGCGGCUUCUUCUUCCCCGCGGUGCAGUGGUACCUGGGAAGCUGGUACAAGCGGUCCGAGCUGAACCGUCGAGGCGCCAUCUUCUUCAUCGCCAGUCAGGUCGGCAGCAUGAGCUCGGGAUACAUCCAGGCGGGCGCGUAUGCCAGCUUGAACGGCCGGCUGGGGAUUCAAGGGUGGAGAUGGUUGUACAUCAUCUGUUUCGCCUGUACCAUCCCGAUUGCCCUUCUCGGACUCCUCCUCCUACCCAGCACGCCUGAACACUGCAACUCCAAGUUCCUCACCGCGCGCGAGAUCCAACUGGCGCAAGAACGCAUGGCGGCCGAACACCGGGAGCCGCGCCAGCCAUUCACGCUGCCCAAGCUGAUGCACAUUCUCCGCGGCUGGCAUGUGUGGGUGCUGGUCGGCUUUGCCUUUUUCUUCUCGCAGGCCGACGGCGUCUCGUCCAACAGCGGCCUGCCCCUCUGGCUCAAGGCGGAAGGGUACUCGGUCGAGAACAUCAACACCAUCACCACCGUGUCGCCCGCCGUCACCAUCGUCGCGUCGGUCGUGUGUGGCAUCCUGGCCGACGCCUACGACGGCGCCAAGGUCUGGCUGAUCGCCAUCACGGCCCUGCUCAACAUCUUCGCCGGCAUCGUCCUGGCCAUCUGGAACGUCCCGGAAGGCCUGAAGUUCUUCGCCUUCUUCCUGGCCGGCACCGCCGACGGAAUUGCCGCCAUCAUCUAUGCCUGGGCCAAUGAGAUCUGUGCCCAUGAUGCCGAAGAGCGCGCGCUGGUCGUCAGUGCCAUGAAUACCAUUGGGAACACGUUUGGAGCCUGGAUUCCUCUUCUGGUGUGGAAGACAGUCCAGGCGCCACGAUAUCUCAUCGGAUAUUGCUGGACCAUUGCCCUCGACGUGUGCAUGCUCAUCAUGCUCGUCGUCCUCAAUCAAUUCUGGAAGCGGGAGAAACGCGCGAACCGAGAAUAA